CACCAUGGCCGGCAGCGGGGCGGCGGGCUCCAGCCCUCGGGACGGAUUGUGAGGGGACCCCCGCCUCUGCCCCGCGGGGGGAGCCGCGACCGCCCGGCCCGGCAGCGCCGCCAACGCCUUUUCUUCCUUCUUCCCGCCUCCCGCCCGCCAUGGCCGCCCGCGGAGCCGAGCGGUGCGGCGGUGCCGGGGUCUCUCCGCUGCCUGGCAGCGCCCCGUGAGGGGGGACAAGCGGGGCGGUGUGUCCCUGCGCUCAGUCCUGCCCGCCCCCCCCUCCCCACACCUCCUCCCCGGAGCGGAGAUGUGCGAGACCCGUGCGAGGGGAGUCGCCUCCUAGACCGGCAGCCAGGAUGGUGCACCUGCAGCCCCUGCCCCUCAUCGUGGUUCAGGGCGUCCUCCAGCUCGUAUUUUGCGAGGCCAGUCGAGUCGUACAAGCCACAGACGUGCUGGACUGGGAAGACAAGGAUGCUGCAGAGACGCUGGUGGACACCGCGGUCCACUCCAGAAUCAUCAACCCUUUACGCCUGUUUGUGAAGCCAUCUCCAGUACUGAAACACAGCCAGGUGUCCUACUCGGACAGCAUAGAAAACUUUUGGGAUUGGUUGUCCAACAUCACAGAGGUUCAGGAAUCUCUUGCACGAACUAAACGCAGACCUAUAGUAAAAACUGGGAAGUUCAAGAAAAUGUUUGGAUGGGGCGACUUCCACUCUAACAUCAAAACUGUUAAGCUGAACCUCCUGAUCACAGGGAAAAUCGUCGAUCACGGCAAUGGGACCUUCAGUGUUUAUUUCCGACAUAACUCCACGGGUCUGGGGAACGUUUCCGUCAGCCUGGUGCCGCCUUCCAAGGUGGUCGAGUUCGAACCGUCUCCACAAUCGACGCUGGAGACCAAGGAAUCCAAGUCCUUCAAUUGCCGAAUCGAGUACGAAAAAACAGACCGAGCUAAAAAAACUGCCUUGUGCAACUUCGACCCUUCAAAGAUCUGCUACCAAGAGCAGACUCAAAGCCAUGUCUCCUGGUUGUGCUCCAAGCCCUUCAAAGUUAUCUGCAUCUACAUCGCUUUUUACAGCGUAGACUACAAACUGGUGCAAAAGGUCUGUCCUGAUUACAACUACCACAGCGAGACUCCGUACCUGUCCUCUGGCUGACCCGGAACUACAGAUACAGCAUCGGGUAUAAAAAUAAGCAUUUCCAUUAACCUUUUGGAGAAGAACAUGUUUUCCUAUCAGGUUAAAAAGUCUUUAAAAACCGUAGCUGUGUUUGUGCUGUAUCGUAAAUAACCCAACUAUUUGUGUAACAAUCGUUUUCAUUUGAGGCUGUUGCGUUUUAGCGCUCUCGUCAUUAAUAAGGGAACUACUGGGCGGACAUGACAAAAAUCAAACCAAAUUAUGUCUGACCACUGAUCUUUAAAAUCAGUUUUUUAAACUAGACUCGAUGGCAGAGAGGUCGCCUUUUACUUGAAUCAGCCAGCACUUAGCGGGAUCUUAUUUCUCAUUGGGAACUUCAGAAAAUUACUAUUUAAAAGAAAUGUGAAGGAGAUCGCAGCUGCUUAUGCACAAAAACCCAAAUAAAAUGCUCUAAAGCUCUCCCACUAAUUUCAUAAAGAAUGCUACACACACAGGGCUCAAGGAAUCAAGUCCAAAUACUAAGAGAAAGUGCUAUUUCUAAGACAAAAACAAAGGAAUCUGCAUUCCUCUGAGCUGUAGUUAUUGUAUUCAUUGAAGUGAAGAGUGAGUAGUUCUUCCUUCAGACUUCUUACCCAUGGAUAUGCAAGGAUGUAAUUAGACAUUGACGAGCUUUAGUUUCUUAGACCCAGUGGGUGUGCAGGUUGGGUGGACAUUUCUUCCUUCCACGGUCACCAUUGGUUUUGAUUCUUCUCAAACAUUUACAUAUACACCAGUACUAGUUUUAUGGUGAUAGAGAAUAUAUAUAUAUAUAUAUAUACACACAGCCUGGUAAAAGAUAAGCUGUUGAAUUCUGAUGAUAACAGGACUGGCAAUUCUCUUGCUAUCCAGCCCUCUUAGUGCUGUAGCAAGGAAAUGAAAUGACUGUGGCAGCUCAGAUAAGGCUCAUAAGAUUAAUUCUGAUUUCCUUGGUAAAGUCUCAUACAGAAAACCCAACUUGUUAAAAAUACACAAGUAACUGGUUAUUUUGUUUUCCUCUUUAGGCGACAAAUUUAAACGUGUCGUUUAGUUUGAUCAAUAAUCUAAAUGUUUUCCUUCAUCAUCGUCCCUACAGAGUCUCUCCUGGUCUAAAUGAUGUUUUUUAGUUUGUCUGUUACUGUUGAUCCCUACAAGAUGGUCCACUUUGUAUUCUGUAUAGCGUGUCCUGGUUCUGGCUGUACAUAAGCUUGGAUUUACUGCCGAGUUCAGUGGUUGAUGCUUUUGUAACUUAGCUGUAAGCCAUGAUUUUAUUGCCAUGCAUUUUUACUCAGCACUGUAGGCAAUUAAGAGAAAACCCUACAUGCUAUUUAUUGUAGAGUAUGUGGAAAACAUGUAUGUAUAUACACUUAAAUAUGUGUACAUAUACAGAAUAUAAGUGUACAUGUAUUUGUAUGUAAAUAAAGAGAGUUUGCUAAAUCCGGCA